AUGGAUAUGCCGGAUGAAUCACGGCCAAACACACUUCGCUUCGGUUCCACGCAUGCAGCCGACGCGCCACUGCUUCCACCUCCACUACUGCGGCGCGCCGCCAUGCGACGACGAGGCUCCUUCUUGGCCGCCGCGCUCCGGUUCUUCCUCCUCUCCGGGAGCGUCGUCGCCGCGGCGGCCGACGACGACGCGGGCGCCGCAGCGGGCGCGCCGGUGAUACUGGCCACGGUGUGCGGGAACGCGACCGCGGCCGACCAGCAGGGCUUCGACGUCAGCUUCGUCAACGCGCUGGAGCUCAUCUACCAGAACGUCACGCGCUCCGGCUUCGGCGCCGCGGCCUCCGGCGAGGGCGCCGACCAAGUGUUCGGCCUCGGCCAGUGCAUGGCUUACCUGUCGCCGACCGACUGCCAGCUCUGCUACGCGCAGAGCCGCGUCAAGCUGCCACACUGCCUCCCGGCCACCGGCGGCCGCAUCUACCUCGACGGCUGCUUCCUCCGGUUCGGCCCCGACAACUUCACCGCCGUCGCGUCCGACGCCAACGACACGGCGGUCUGCUCCAACGCCACGGUCUCCUCGCCGGCGUUCUCCGCCGCGUCGUCCGCGUUGCUGCGGAACGUCACGGCGGCCGCGCCGGGCGCCAGGGACUACUACUACAGCGCGUCCUCGUCGGCGUCGUCGGCGUUGCCGGGCGCGCCGCGGGUGUACGCGGCGGCGCAGUGCUGGAGGUCGCUGAACGCCAGCGCGUGCGCGGCGUGCGUGGAGAGCGCGCGCGACCGUGUCGUCCGGCGGUGCCUGCCGCGCGCCGCCGAGGGGUACGGGCUCAACGCCGGCUGCGUCGUCAGGUACUCCGCGCAACCGUUCUACCUGCCGGCGAACGCCGCCUCCGCCUCCGGGUCAUCUACUAGGCGCAUAAUUGCCAUCGUGAUCGCGUCAGUCUUCUCUGCAGUGGCAGUCAUCGGCAUAGCAUUGGUCUGGGCAAAAAUGAGGAACAGAAGAAACGAUCACCAUGACGACAUGGAUGAAUCAAGUGAGAUCAUCCGCGCCAUCGCCGCGUCGCAUCUCAGUUUCAAGUAUGAAGAAUUGCGGAAGGCGACCGACGACUUUAAUCAGAUCAACAAGCUUGGGCAGGGUGGCUAUGGAUCAGUCUACAAGGGUGUGCUACUAGACGGACGGGAGAUCGCCGUGAAGCGCCUCUUCUUCAACACGCGGCAGUGGGCCGACCAGUUCUUCAACGAGGUGCGUCUCGUCAGUCAGGUGCAGCACAAGAACCUCGUCAAGCUGCUCGGAUGCAGCGUCGAGGGACCGGAGAGCCUCCUGGUCUAUGAGUACCUCUGCAACACCAGCCUGGAUCACUACCUGUUUGAUGCAUUCAAGAAGAAUGCAUUAGAUUGGGAACGGCGCUUCGAGAUCAUCCAUGGGACGGCCGAGGGUCUGUCGUACCUCCACAAUGCUUCUGAAAUCAGGAUUAUACAUAGGGACAUAAAGGCCAGUAACAUAUUGUUGGAUGAGAGGUUCAGGCCUAAGAUUGCUGAUUUUGGUUUAGCGAGGAACUUCAUGGAAGAUCAGAGUCACCUCAGCACCGGCCUUGCAGGAACUUUUGGAUAUAUGGCUCCUGAAUACAUUGUCCAUGGGCAGCUGACAGAGAAGGCUGAUAUCUACAGCUAUGGCGUGCUAGUCCUUGAGAUAAUCACCGGUCGCAAGAGCCACAACUCGGUGGCUUCAUCAGCAGAAGGGCAUUCCCUCAUGUCACUGAUAUGGAAGCACUACAAUGCAGGUGCCCUGAUGGAAUUAUUGGACCCAAACCUCCGGGAGCAAUGCACCGAGGAGGAAGCUCUCAAGGUGUUCCAUGUUGGACUACUAUGUGCACAAGCGUCGCCUAACCUUAGGCCACCGAUGUGGAAGGUGGUCGAGAUGUUGGGAAGUAGGGACAAGGAGUUGCCACGGCCUACUCAGCCUCCAUUCAUCAACAUAAAGGGGUCGAAUGCGAAGAGCGACAGCUCGGGUUCUUCAUCUUUGCACUCGAACUCAGACAAGUCGCCCUUCUCACUGAACCAGCUUUCAGUGAGUGGAGUACAGGCCAGGUAGCAAUGCUCUGGGGGCAUUCUUGACGUUUUUGUUCAUGUCAGGAUGUACUUGAAUUUUUCAGUCAAGGUUCUUUCGGUUGAUCAUGGUAUAAAAGUAGUCCUUGUAGGAAGCAUCCUAGUUGUAAGCAUACAAAAAAAAUUCUAAUUUUGCCAAACAUUCAGAAAACUGAAGUUUUGACCUCCUGGACCAUUUUCUCUGAA